GAGGCGGGCCUGGGCGCCGGGUUCUCCAGUCCAGUGCGGCGGCGCAGCCGGCCCGAGCGCCCAGUGCGCACCCGGGAGGCCGGAGGGCGGUCAUGCUGGGGGUUCCGGUGCGCAUCCUCUGCCUGCUUCUGGCGCCGCCGCUGCUGCUGAGCUCCCCGCGAGCCUUGGGCGAUGCUCCCCAGAGGGUGUUCAAGAUCGACUACAAUCGGGACUGCUUCCUCAAGGACGGCCAGCCCUUCCGCUAUGUCUCGGGGAGCAUCCACUACUUCCGCAUACCCCGCUUCUACUGGAAGGACCGGCUGCUGAAGAUGAAGAUGGCCGGGCUGAACGCUAUCCAGACGUACGUGCCCUGGAACUUUCAUGAACCUCAGCCAGGGAAGUACCAGUUUUCUGGGGAUCGCGACGUGGAGCAGUUUCUCUGGCUGGCUCACAAGUUGGGACUGCUGGUCAUCCUGCGGCCCGGACCCUACAUCUGUGCCGAGUGGGACAUGGGAGGCCUACCCGCUUGGCUAUUAGAGAAAGAAUCUAUCAUUCUCCGUUCUUCUGACAAAGAUUACCUCACAGCUGUGGCGAAGUGGAUGGGAGUCCUUCUGCCCAAGAUGAAACCUCUUCUCUAUGAAAAUGGAGGGCCUAUUAUAUCCGUGCAGGUUGAAAAUGAAUACGGGAGCUACUUCGCCUGUGACUAUGACUACCUGCGUUUCCUGCAGAAGUGCUUCCGCUACCACCUGGGCAAUAACGUGCUGCUCUUCACCACCGAUGGCGCCCAUAAGCUGUUCCUGAAGUGCGGGGCGCUGCAGGGCCUCUACACCACGGUGGACUUCGGAGCAGUGGACAAUAUAACAGCUGCUUUCGAAAUCCAGAGGAUAAGUGAGCCCAGCGGACCCUUGGUCAAUUCCGAGUUCUACACUGGCUGGUUGGACCACUGGGGUCAGAAGCACAGUUCAGUGAAGAGUGAAGUGGUGGCUUCUGCCCUCCAUGACAUACUCUCCCGGGGAGCGAACGUGAACAUGUACAUGUUCAUAGGCGGGACCAAUUUUGGCUAUUGGAACGGAGCCAACAUGCCCUACAUACCGCAGCCCACCAGCUACGACUAUGACGCCCCUCUGAGUGAGGCAGGGGACCUCACGGAGAAGUAUUAUACUCUGCAAAGAGUCCUCAGGAAGUUUGUAAAAGUACCAGAAGGGCCCAUCCCUCCAUCCACUCCCAAGUUUGCAUACGGAACAGUGCCAAUGAAAAGGUUAAAGGCAGUGGAGGCAGCUCUGGAUGUUCUGUGUCCCUCUGGGCCCAUCAACAGCAUUUAUCCGCUGACAUUUACUCAGGUGAAACAGUACUUCGGCUUCAUGCUCUAUCGAACGACGCUGCCUCAGAACUGCAGUCAACCCACGCCCCUCUCCUCGCCCCUCAGCGGAGUCCACGACCGGGCCUACGUGGCUGUGGAUGGGGUCCCCCAGGGAGUGCUAGAGCGGAACAGCGUGAUUACUCUGAACAUCAAGGGCAAGGCUGGAGCCAGGCUCGACCUGCUGGUGGAGAACAUGGGACGUGUGAACUAUGGCGCAGGCAUCAACGAUUUUAAGGGCUUGGUCUCCAACCUGACCCUGGGCUCCCGUAUCCUCAGCAACUGGACCAUCUUCCCCUUGGACAUUGAUGGGGCCAUGAACGGCAGCCUGCAGGGCUGGAAGGACCCCCAAAAAGACACCCAUGCCUGCGGCUCACACAACUACACGCUGCCAGCCUUCUACACAGGGAGCUUCUCCAUCCCCAGUGGGAUCCCAGACUUGCCUCAGGACACCUUUAUCGAGUUUCCCGGAUGGACCAAGGGUCAAGUGUGGAUUAAUGGCUUCAACCUGGGCCGCUACUGGCCAGCAAGGGGCCCUCAGGUGACCUUGUUUGUGCCAAAACACAUCCUCACGACUUCGAGCCCCAACACCGUGACGGUGCUGGAACUAGAGUGUGCGCCCUGCAGCAACCGCGGCCAGGACCCAUGCGCUGUGAAGUUUGUGGACACGCCCAUCAUCAACGCCACCAUGAGCUACCACAUCCCUCCAAACCUGUUCAAACCAGUGCUCUAGAACAGGAUCGGUGGCUAGACACUGUAUGGGGGGACUAAAGACUGUGCCUUUUGGGGAUUCUAGACUCACACACACU